CUAGUGGGAGCAACGUGCGAGCGGGGCUGGGACAUUCCAGCCUAGCCGCUGCUGCUAUGAUCCACGGAGGUACUCGACACUGGCUCCAGAGGUGCGAGUAUAGCGGAAGACCGCCUCCGCUCAGCGACUCCUGACAAGUGACCGACCGUGUGUCGCCAACAAAGUGUUUUUUUUUAAUACGCGCAGUGGAAUAACUAGUGAAAAGUGCUCCAGCGUCCACCACCAGUUACGGCUUUCCCCCCUUCCAAUUUCGUCAUUUGUCACAUUCUAGCCCCGGAGCUGGGGACUCUUCCGCGGAGCUGAGAGGCUCCACAGUCACCGGUGCGGUGGUCUCCGUGUCGCCCGCGUGGAAUGGAGGGCCCCGCGUGGAUUUUCCCCCGUGAGAAUGCGUUUGGCUGCUGAUACAUCCCCCGGCAACCAGUGCUUCUGGAAUAGAGGUUGGCCAAUCGGAGGAGGGCGUGCGCACCGGCCGAUCACGGCUGCCGGCAGGGGUCCGAGGCGCCAUGGACGAUGGCCUCAGGGUACUCCUGUGCGCUCUGCUGUGUCUUAGCCACGCCCUGCUCUUCGGCUGCACACUUCAAUAUCCGUCUUUCCGCUCCGAGCCCGCCUCAUUGGUGCAAAGUCCGGGUUUGCCGGCUCGCCUACGCUGCGCCGCCGACCCCCUGUCGGCGACGCUGUCCUGGCGCUUCCGGGGCGCACCCCUGCGCGUCGACACCCUCCCUGGCGUGGAGUUGAAUGGCGGGACGCUCACCAUCGCCUCCUUGCAACGUGCCCACGUCGGCGCCUACCAGUGCGUGGCAAGCUUGGACAACGGGCUGGCUGUCGCUAGCCGGUAUGCGCGGGUAGACCUGGCAGAAAUCUCCGAGUACAAAUACAGCCGGCGGCGCUCGCUGUCCGUCCACGAAGGUGACGCGGCAAUCAUCGAGUGUCCUCUACCCACUAGCGUGCCGACGGCCUUGCCCAGGCUACGAGUGAGAGGCGAGCGCGUGGAGUCGUCCUCAGACGACUAUUUAGUCGUUCCGUCCGGCAACCUGCAGAUCCCGUCCGUUUCGCCGCGGCAUCAAGGCGUCUACAAGUGUGGCUCGUACAAUCCUGUCACGGGCGAAACCGUCAUGCAGACCCACGGGACCAAAAUCUCUGUCAGACAUGCAAACUCCUCCUCCUCUCCGGUGCGGAUAGUUUACCCCACCACCCCCAAGAAUGUGACACUGCUGCGGUCUCAAUUGUACACGCUGGAGUGCGUGGUUUCCGGAAGUCCGGCGCCGUCGUCCACAUGGUUCAAGAAUGGCGAGCGAGUCGAACUGGGGCAUUCGCUGCGACACCUGCAUGGCAAUUUAGAAAUUGUCUCCGUGACGACGGAGGACAUCGGAGUAUACGUUUGUGCUGCUGAAGGCGAGCAAGGGACGGUGAUGAGCGCCAACUACAACGUCAAUGUUCUCGAACCUGCGGCCAUCUUGGAGGGCCUCGUUGACCUCCAGCAGGCCUCUCUCGGCUCCAGUGCCCAUUUCAGCUGCGUGGCCGCCGGCAACCCCGCCCCCAACGUCACCUGGCUGUUCAACGCCAAGCCCGUGGCCGCCUCGCACCGGAUCCGAAUCUCCGGGGGCCAGCUCGUCAUUGCGGAUGUGGUGCCGCGGGACCAAGGCGUGUACCAAUGUCUGCUGGACAAUGGCAUCGGGUCGGCGCAGUCGUUGGGAAUGCUGAGAGUGCAGUCGGAAUCGAACCCCGACGUGGAGGUUUGGCCCUCACUGCCACCCAUGCAGAGCGACGAGGGCAGCGACCGCUUCCUGACGGAGGAGGAAGCUGACCCGAGCGAGCCGCCGUCCGCAGGGGGCGGCGGCCGUCUCACUCCCGACGCGCCCAUCAUCACCAGCCCGCCCCAGACCCACAAACCGGACGUUUACGACCUGGAGUGGCAGGCCGGACCUGAUGGCGGGAGCCCCAUCAACGCCUAUUUUGUCCGAUAUCGUAAGGUGGACGAGAUGGCCACGUUGAUGGAGAACUGGCUGACGGUGCGCGUGCCCGGUAGCGAGCGCUCGCUACGUCUCUCCGAGCUGGAGGCAUCCAGCUUGUAUGAGGUGCUCAUGGUGGCCCGCAGCUCGGCGGGCGAGGGCCAGCCGGCCAUGCUCACAUUUCGCACUGGAAAAGAAAAGAGCACCUCGUCCAACAAGAAUCCGUCCCACAAGCCUCCCGUCGUCCCAAUGCCGCCCAAAGUACCCGAGGACAAAAUGCCCAACACGCACUUUGGAGUGGUGAUCCACGACAGAGUUCCCGAGGCUCCCGAUCGGCCCACCAUCUCCAUGGCCACCGAGAGCUCCGUCUACGUCACCUGGAUCCCCAGAGCCAACGGCGGCUCGCCCAUCACGGCGUUCCGCGUGGAGUACAAGCGCAGCCGCAGCGCCGAGUGGGGAGUGGCCGCCGACAACAUCUCGCCGCUCAAGCUGUCCGUGGAAGUUCGCAAUCUGGAGCCUGGCGCCACCUACAGGUUCCGCGUGGCAGCGAUGAACUUGUACGGCGAGAGUCCUCACAGCAUGGUAUCAAGACAGUACCAGGUGCCCCAAGCCAGCCCCCGCAUGGCCGAUCGGCCCGUGGUGGGACCUCACAUCUCUGCCACCGACGCCAUCAGCGACACGCAGAUCAUGCUGCGCUGGACUUACAGUCCCUCGAGUAACAACAACACUCCCAUCCAAGGCUUCUACAUCUACUACCGGCCCACUGACAGCGACAAUGACAGCGACUACAAGCGCGACGUGGUCGAAGGUUUGAAAGACUGGCACAUGAUCGGACACCUGCAGGCAGAGACGUCGUACGACAUCAAGAUGCAGUGCUUCAACGACGGCGGCGAGAGUGACUAUAGUAACGUCAUGAUCUGCGAGACCAGAGCUCGCCAGUCUCCGGGUUCGGCGAGCCAGAGGCCCGUGACGCCGCCGUGGCCUCACUCGCAGGAGCCCGCCGGUCCGCCCGGGGGUCUGCUGUACCUUAUCGUGGGCUGUGUGCUGGGCGUGAUGGUCCUCAUCCUGCUGGCCUUCAUCGCCAUGUGCCUGUGGAGGAACCGACAGCACAACAACAUGCACAAAUACAACCCUCCAGGCUACUUGUACCAGCCGGCUGACAUGAAUGGACAUGUUCUAGAAUACACCACGUUAGCCGGCACCGGCCACAUGAAUGGGGGUGUCCAUGGGGGCUACGGACACAGUGUGGGCGGCGGUAUGUUGCCCUCAGGGUGCCACCACUUGCACCACAAACACCCCAACGGCCUGCCGCUGCACAAUGGCAAAGGUGGCCUCUACCCGGGUGGACACAACCAUGGUCAUGACGGAACCCUGCCCCACCCUCACCACCACCAUAAUGGAGGUGGCAUGUACACAGCUCUUGCCCAGUCGGACUCUUCAGACUGUAUGAUCUGUCAGAACCUGUGCAACAAUAACAGGUGUUACAACAAGACCAACGGCGUCCUCUCUGGAGGUACGCUUCCCCUCAUGCACAGAGUGGCACCCUGCCAGCAGGACGGUCUGGAGAUGGUUCCUCUGAAUGGAGCGGCGACGUCUCCUUGCGGCCACCGCCGACCCCCCACGGGCGAACGGCUGCCCGAUGACCUUGAUGACCUUGAGGUCGCCCACGCGCCCGACGAGCACCGAGAGUCGCCGCCUUCACAACGCUCGUGUUGUCUCGAUGGAGACAAUGCGAAAUGUCUGGCAGAUGACACAGCAGAGGAGGAUCUGGACUGCGUGCAUCAGGAGGACGGUCUGGUGCUGUGCUGGGACACUAUGGGCCUUCCAGAUUCGGACUGUGAUGAAAAGCCCGGGUGGAUGUCCGGUGGGGGUGAGCUGAUCCAGGCCAGCCUCCAGGAGGUCUGAAGUCAACUACGGUGUGGGGGGAUGGAGGGGUGGAGCUACUGUGGUGAUGUCAAAAAGAGGACCUGAGAAAAGACAGUGGGAGGACCUAAGAGAGGACUUUAUCCGACAAGGACGGCAAACUGUCGCGGCCACCGGAGACUGAAACGGAAGUCCCAAAGACUCCUUAGAUGACUUAUUUAUUUUUUUCCCGUAGUAAACUAUUAAUUCAUAUGAAUGUAUCUGUGUCAAAGAACAAAGUUGUCAGUCUUUUGUAUUAUUUAUGCUUUUUGUUUGUUUGUUUUUGUUUUUUGCUUUGCCUGCGAACUGUUUUGUGUUUUGGAGAUUUAGCGACUUUGUAAAAUUUUGUAAUAAUAUAAAGAGACGAUAAGGAAGAAUUAGUCAA